AAUGAAAAAUGUUAUAGGGUCUUUUAAGGAUGGAUUUUUAUCAUCAACUCAAGAACUAAAUCGAACAGAAGCGGAAAAUAAAUCUAUUUUAGAACAAUCGCUUUCAGUUUUUGUAGAAAAAUAUGAGCAAGUUCUACUUCGAUCAUACAAGAACUUGCAAGACUCGAUACUCUGUAAGCAAUCUAAUGGAUGUCUUAGAAAUGAAGCAGUUAAUCAAAAAGUGAAAAAUGAAGAUGAACUAAAAGACUUAGUGAUAAAACUUUAUGAUGAUUGCGUUCAACUCAAAUCGAACGAAAUAAAUUGCGCCAGAGAUAUUAUCAGUGUUACCUUGAAAUUUUUCUCAGAAUACUUUGCCAAUAUCGAGUUUUAUGAAAGAUCACAGAUGUAUUUGAGGUCCAAUUUGAUAAAACCUUUGGAGCAAUUGAGACAAAGCUGCACCAUUUUUGAAUAUCGAUUACAAAUAAUGAUUCUUUUGGAAACUAUAACAAUUAAGAAGAUAGAAAAACCAAAUGAAUGCAUAUUGAGGGACGAAUGCUGUCAAAUUAUAAGGCUCGUCGAAUCAAUUUGCUUUCGAGAACCUCCAGAAAGUUUUCAAAUCUUAUUGAAAACUCUUAUUGAAAACUAUGGUACAGUUAUUCCCCAAUAUAUUGCAUUUAUAUUUGAAGAAAUAGGACAGCCUGUACCAGAGAAGCUCUUAGCUUUGCCUUCAUCUCCGAAUGAUUUUUUAUCAGAUACUAGUCCGCCGCCUUCUUCGUCGACAAUUGGAAGUGAGACAGCAUUUUUUAGUGAUCAAUGUAUAAGUUCCCAUGACUCGAAAAGUUCGAAAAACCUGCCAAAUCAUAAGAGAAGUUUCACAGCAUCAUCUCAUCAUGUUGUUAAGCUACCAGUUUCUAAAUUAUCACGAAGUCAAUCUGUUCGUCAAAAUAGGUUAACCACACCAAAGAAGAGAUUAAAACACAAUCCCCAGAAUUACAAAACACCACCCAGAAGACAGCCUGUUUUAAAAACCAAAAGUGUGAAAGAGACUCCGCUUCGUAAGCAAAAGUCUGGAAGUGUAAAACGUCAACAAAGAUCUCGUUUGGUAGCAACACCUGAGGCUAGGAGAGUAAAGUGCAUUGAAGAAUCACCAAUUUUAGGCGAUGAAACAAAAAGAAAUCUUUUAGAAAAGAGAUUUAGUGCUCCAACAAACUUAAGCAAGCGUCAGUUAUUCAGCCCAGUGAAAACGUCAAAUCGGUUCGAUUUACCUCAAACACAAGAGCCUGCUAAACGUAUUGAAAAUGUUCGACGAAUGCGAAAUAUUGUUAUUUGA